AUGCCCUCCCGAACGUCCACCUACUCAGUCCGAAUGGCCCCGCCGGUACGACCUUCUCGGUCGCUCGAGGGCAUGGAGAAGGUCAUCCCUCCGACCAUGAAACAUCCCUUUGCACCCUCCCACUCCGAACUCUUCCUCAAUAAACCACUCCCCGCCAUGCCACUGCUGCCCGACCGGACAGAGGAAGAGCCCGCCGAGGGCGCCUUCUGGAGCGACUCGAGCGACGACAGCGAGACUGAAUCCACGGUCGACAGUGGCGGCGGACCCAGCGAGCCUCGCAGUUCCACGGAGUUAUAUCCCAUCCUCAUCAGCUCCGGAUCUAACGACUUUGUUGACUUGGUUGUCGAUCACCCGGUCCCAUCAUCUACUUCCGCCGAUCAUCUAGGCCCGCUCGAUCAUCAACCGGCUCCACGCUUCCUCACCCCAGAGUCUCGGGCAGACUCCACCGACUCGGACACUUCCUUCAUCCUUCAAGCACGCUCCAUCUCCGAAGUCCAGUACGGUCGCCCCGCGCACUGGCCGCAGCGCACUAAUCAUGGCACGAACCACUACUUUCGCGAGAAGAAAUGGGAUUUCUUCCCAGAGUUGGCCGACCCCUCAUCAGCCGCCGCCCAGCAGAACGGGCGUGGCACGCCGAGCCUGCGGAAUGGCAAAUCGGGCAAAAAGGACGGUCGGCUGAUUUCCCUCGACUUGAGCAAGGGCCGCCGCCAUCGCUGGAAAUCGCUCGACUCCCGUGCCCUGGGCGGUAUGCGCGACUCCAUCAAGACUUACGUCAGUCGUACCUUGUCCAAGGGCUCUGCGGAGGAUGCCCCCAGGCAACGGCCACCACUACCAUCGCCAUUACCAUCGCCGACGCGGCCGACUACCGCGCCCUUGGGGGGCUCACGACUCCCCAAGGACUCGUCGCCUCGCCAGUCGGAUGACGGGGGCGAACUGCUCAGCAACAAAGUCUUUGCGCCCGAGGAUUCUGGCGUUGAACUACGAACCAUGUCGGUGUCGACCAAAUCCAGCGUCGACAGCGACCUCGUAGUGAGCCCGAAGACCGACUUAUCGCCGCGACAGAAACAGCUGGCUAUUCCACAAUCGCCGUACCAGAAAUACGGGGCCACCGUCUGGGAGAAGGAGACGACCAAGUCAGGCAAGAGACGCUCCGUUCGCUUUCCGCAAUACACGAUAAAAACUUCUUCUUCUCCUCCCACAUCCCAUCAUCACCGCACCUCCGUGUCUACCACCCGAGCUUCUUUGUCGAGCCGCAAGAUGUCCGGGUCAUCUGCUACGCACCAUCCCUCGGCGUUGUUGUCACCCCCGCAGCGAAUGCAACACCAGGGGAACCGGCGGGGCGCCACCCGAACUCUCCAGGACGGGAAGAGCCAUCUGCUUGUUGCGACGAAGCGGAUCAUCCAGUCGAAGGAGGAUCGCCGGCGCGAACAACUCAAGGCCCAGAUUAAACACUUUGGUCCUCUCGGUGCGCACGGCUAUAGCACGGUGAACCAGUGGACCUAG